AUGGCACAACAAGAAGGAGGGACCUUGUUGAACAGUGCAUCCGAGGCUUUGCAGCUGUGCAAAGACUGGAUUGACAAGCUCUUUACUGAACGCAAGUUCCAUUUGGCUUUGUGCGCCUAUUGCAACGAGCUUGAAACGUUUAUGAAGCGAAAAAGAUUCACUCAGCUGUUCGCACAAGCAUUUGAAUUCAAAGCAAUCCUGCAAGAGAAGAGUUUUGGACGUCAACUGGAAAAAGAUAUAGAAGAAGUGGAUGGUUCUUCUGUGGAACGGGCACGGUCAAUGGAUGAAGAAAACUCGCCAGAGACGACGCGGUUAUUUUCAAAGAAACAGGUCAAAGCGAAUACUUCGAGUCGGGUGCACUUGAUACUUUAUCAAAGUCAAUCACUGAAAAGCACAGUGUUAGAAGAUAUACCUCCUUGCCGUCAACCGUUGCCGAGAAUUGAAUUGGCUUGUAUGAAAUGUCGAUUGUGUGUUGUGUGGUCCGUAUUACCUGAUCCUCGACACAAUCGCCAACUACCAAAACCGCAUCCUCUGGCAGUCGAUAAAUCACUCAUGGCACUAGCGCGCCAUCUGAUCCUAGUUUCAGAUAUCUUUAUCCCGACUUCCAACUCUGGUGCCUGA